UAGCUUUACUACGGUCAACUAUUUCUCGCUCACCUCCAUCCAUCGCACCUUUAGUAUGCAACGCCGUACUCGAUGCAGUAAUAGGUUCGCGAAUUGCCGGUCGCGUCGUGGAGAGCAGUUCUAGGGCUCCCGGCAUCGCAGACGGAGAUGAUAGAGGUGCUGUUAUGCAGUUCUAGUUCUAGCGUUCUAGUUGUGAGUGAGGUACAAAGCUGGGGGACGCUGCGCUGCUGUUUUACAAAGUGCUAUUAGAUAGUUCCGUACUCUCCGGUGUCAAAUGCGUGCGAUGGAGCGCAUGCUGAGAAAAAAGCGGAUUUUUCCGCUACUGCUGCUUCUGGUGGUGCUUUCGCUGGACUACGUGAGCGCACAGAACCGGAUCAAUCGACAGAAAGGAAACAUUCUGAAAAAUUUAACCGGAACGCAUGAAUAUGACAAUCACAUCGUCACCAGUCAGCUGGAUGCGUCCACGGGAAUCCGAAUGUUCUAUCGAGGUUUUCGAGAGAUUUACAACCGCCUGCUGGGUCCCACCGGUGGACGACUACAGGGAGCAUUCCUGCAGCCUCACGUUAUGCCAAACGUCCCUUUCCCGUGUGACACCAGAGGGAUGCGAAGUAGUCAGGUGCCGACCAGUGUUCAUCAGCUGCGACCCGGUGACAUCGACAUCAUCUCCGCUGUGGGUGAUUCUCUGACCAGUGCAACUGCUGCCAAUUCGAUUGCCCUAUGGGAGCUGCUAAUUGAAAACCGUGGCCUUGCCUGGUGCAUAGGAGGGCAGGGCACUUGGAGAACGCAUUUGACACUGCCGAAUAUUCUAAAGGAAUUUAAUCCGAAACUAUUCGGAUAUUCUCUAUUCGACUCAUACAAUGUUCAUCACACUGCCCAGUUCAAUGUGGCCGAGAACAUUGCGACUACCACGGAUAUGCCAUAUAAUGCGGCAAAAUUGGUUGAGCGUAUGAAGCUGGAUCCAAGAGUCAAGUGGGAGAAGCACUGGAAGCUGCUUACAUUCAUGAUUGGCGGAAACGAUUUCUGUUCGGAUGUUUGUUACCAAACCAAUGCCACCGAGUGGAUCAACGAGGUGCAGGAAAAGUAUCUGAUCAAAACGCUGCUCUAUUUGAAACACAAUAUGCCAAGGACCAUAGUGAAUCUAGUGCCAACGCCACUCAUCAGCCUGUCAUUCUCAAUGGACAAAGCGCAACGGCUUCCAUUCUCCUGUUACCUGUCGCGCCCAAUUGAAUGUUCCUGCCUGUUUGGUCCCAAAUAUUCCCACCGAAGGAACCUCUAUCGGCAGUUGGAGCGGAACUUUGUCAAAAUCAUGGAACGGGUCAGCUAUUUGCCGGAUUUCCACAGCGACGAUUUCACCGUUGUGUAUCAACCAUUUUUCAAGGAAGCCAGCGUUUUCUAUCAGCGGGAUGGCAAAGCGGAUAUGUCUAUCAUGUCGGUCGACUGUGUUCAUUUGAGCCAGAAGGGGCAUGCUGUGUCGGCGAAUGGGCUGUGGAACAAUAUGAUGGAAGCAACCGGAAGCAAAACUAUUGGAUUUAGGAGGCUUUUUGAGGAAUUCAAAUGCCCUUCUGCUUCGAAUCCGUACAUCAGAACUUAUUUUAAUAGUUGAUGGGCCAUGAUAGGUUAAGUGUAAUGAAUAAGACUUUGUUAUUGUUUUACAUUUUUGGUAACAAUUUUUUUGUUUAUUUUAACAAGUGAUUGAACAUGUGAAAACAAAUGAAUCUAUGAAUAAAUUAACUCGAGAUUUUU